AUGCCCCUCUGGCAGAUCUUCCACCCGCCCUCGACCUUUACCACCCCCGCCUCGAAGCAGGCGCUGGCGGCCGACCUGACGUCCAUCUACACGAGCGCCGGGCUGCCCGCCUUCUACGUGGUCGUCCACUUCAUCCCCGUCCCGGGCGCCGACACCUUCGUCGGCGGCCGCCCCCGCUCGGAGGAUGCCGGUGCCCGGCCGUUCGUCCGCUUCGUGGCGGACCACAUCGCCGUGCACGUCACGCCGAAGAACGGCGACGACGACGACGUCGAGAGCGUGCAGAAGACCACGCGCGUCCUCGACAGGGUCCACGCGGCAAUCCGGCCGCACGUGCGCGAGCAGGACUGCGACUGGGAGGUGCACAUCGACGAGACCCCCCGAGGGCUCUGGGCCAUCAAUGGGCUGGUGCCGCCCCCUUUCGGGAGCGAUGCUGAAAAGAGAUGGGCUGAGCUGAACCGGCCGGUCGAAUGGGAGGAGGAGCAGCCCGAGUGA